AUGGAAAGAGGAUCGACAGCGGGCGCGAGUAGUAGGCGGACAGACGGAGGGGUUGGCACUCCGAGUAAUCGGGUCCUUUCUUGCGUAAAUUGCCGCCAGAAGAAGACAUUCUGCAACAAGGAUAUCCCUUGUGCAAAUUGUAUCAAGAACAACAUCCCUUGCAUACCUUCCAAGCCGGCACCCUCAAGGCCUAGGCUUAGGUCUGCUGCUCUGGAUAUACGGGAGCGCCUUGCCAAAUGUGAAACAUUGCUUCAAGAAUACGUCGCAGUGGAUGACAGUUCCAAAAGUCGUUCAGGACAGGAAGGUACCACCAGUAGCAAUAACGACAUCGCACCAGCUAUCAGUGAAGCAAUUGGCGAAAUAGAGGGGAGGCAUGUUGAUGGCGAUUUGUGGGUGACUCUCAACGAUGAGGUAUUUGCCCUUCAAUCGGCAUCAAAAGCCAAUCAGACUGACAAACAAUACAGAUAUAGCCUCGUGGAACAGGAUCAGCCAGAGGUUGCUUUCAGCGAAGAGAAUGCAUCUGAUGAUUCCUCACGCUAUCAACCCCCGAGGGUCACUGACUGUCCGUCCUUCGACCCGAUCACAGCAUUCAAGCUGUGGCAGAUAUAUCUCGAGCGCGUCAAUCCACUGCUCAAGAUAGUGCACGCACCCACCGUUCAAUCCUUGAUCGUCUCUACAACAGCCGACAUUAAAUUGGCUCCAAUGGAUCAACAAGCACUGGUAUACAGUAUUUUCGGGCUGGCAGUAUCAGCACUUAGAAGUGACGAAAUUGCGAACAUACUAGGUGCGGAAAAACAGCGAGACGACUUCCUCCAAGAAGUUCUUACCGCAGUCAGCGUCUCUCUGGCGCAUUUUGGUUCUUUAGGACGGUACAACAUGGUUGUCCUGCAAGCUCUGAUACAUACCUCUAUCAUUCUCAUGGGCCAAUGCAACAAACAUGCUGCAUGGGUUCUGUUAGGUGCACUGGUGCGGAUUGCUAUGAGCAUGGGCUAUCAUCGUGAUGGCACACAUCUGUCACUCUCGCCAUUUGAAACAGAAAUGCGCCGGCGCAUCUGGUGGCAAAUUGUCUUUUACGACAUCAAGCUGGGCAUCGACUCUGGCUUAACAAAUAGCUCCGUGCCUGAGCGGUUCGACACCAAACGCCCUCUCAACCUCAAUGAUGCCGACCUGUUCCCCGAUGCCACAGACCCGCUGGUACACAAAGAGGGACCUACGGAGAUGGCAUUUGUCAUAGUUAUGACUCGGGUAUCCGCGUAUCUACUCGACAAGAAGGCUCGUCGGGCUAUGGAGACGAACAUUCUUAGUCACGGCGAAGACGGUGGAAGCAUAGAUACUUCCCUCCUAAAUCACAAUCGGCUUCUCGUUCAACAGCUUGACGCUGACCUUGCGGAAAUCGAAAAAAGGUUUAUCCCAUCCGCUCCAAGUAAAAUCCAUGCGGCGGCUCUGGGAAUCCGCCCACAUCUUAUGAAACGGCUGCACGACGUGACGCAUCCUAGGCAAGAAUCACCAGACUGGACUGCUGGUGUCUUGUCUCCUCGUGAUAGCCUCUUCAAACUCAUUCUCUCCAGCUGCGAAAACGCGAGCAACUCGUAUGGUUUGAUGGAUCGAUGGGGCUUUGCUUGGUAUGUUCGCAUGCAUUUCAACUUUGAUAUUCUUGCCUCCCUCGCCACAUUCUUGUUCCACAGUCCCACGCAUGCCUUUGCCAACCGCGGCUGGACCGUGCUUGAGUCACUUUACGCCAGGCAGUCUUUGCUGGACACUCAUAGGCCGAAUGCCGCAGUCACCCCGUCGCAGUUCAUCUUAAAGGCGUUCGGCGAGCGAGAGCGCGUCUUGGCCGAAAUGGGGCAGAUCGUCGAGGUUCCUGAACUCAUUGCCACCCUGAGGCAAAUAAAUCAACUGCACACUGUGACUCCUCCAGCUCCAGCUAACGCGAACCCUUGGCCGGCUUUUGGAUCAACUUCGGGCGACUUUAUGCACGUCGAUGGCACGCAGCGGUCGGAUGGUUUCAUGCCGCAGGCCGAAGCAGGCGAAGGGUUCAGUGAGAGGUAUGAAUUCUGGCCGGGCGCACUAUGGAAUGCGGACUGGGGACAAGGUUAUGGCGAAUCGACAUCGGAUUGA